UUUUCUUGUUUGUGUAAUACUAUCAAUUCAUUGCUCUGAUCUAGUAUUCUUCACUUACAAAUAUAGUUUGUUUGGUUAAUAUAAUUAUGGCUUCAAGAAACAUAAGGGAGUUGAUUUAUGUGUUGUUAUUAGUGGGAUUUGUGGUUAUUUCUAUGUCUGGUUUGGUGAUUUGUAAGGAAACUAAUGAGGAAAUUGAGCAGCAAAGUAAAGAAAAUUCAGAGUCUUGGACAGGAUGGGCUAAAGAUAAGAUUUCUGAAGGUCUUGGUUUUAAAUCAACUGAUGAUGAUUCUGCUGCUAAACAAGCUUCCGAUUCAACUAUGGAUGCUGCUAAGAAUGCCAAAGACAAGAUUACUGAUACUGCUACAGGAACAGGACAAUACGUAGCAGACAAGGCAGGAGAUAUAAAGAACACAGCAGAAGAAGCAAAGAACAAAGCAUACGAAACAGCAGAAGCAGCAAAACAAAAAGCAACAGAAAAAUCAAGUGAAGCUUAUUCAAAAGCAGGAGAAGAAAAAGAAAAAGCAUAUUCAGAUGCAGAAACAGCAAAACACAAGGCAUCAGAAAAGGCAGAAGAAGCAAAGGAAAAAGCAACAGAAAAAGCAGAAGAAGCAAAACAGCAAAUGAAAGGAAUGGGAGAAGAGAAAGCAGAAGGAGAAACAGAAGAACAUAUGAGUUGGGCUAGAGAGAAAGCAAAAGAAGGAUAUGAAAGUGCAAAGAGCAAAGCAGAGGAAACAUUGGAAAAAGCAAAGGAAAAUAUAGCUUCAAAUUUGGAAUCAGCUAAGGAAAAAACAAAGGAAAUUAAGGAAAAUAUAGCUGGCAAAAAGCGAGACGAGGAACUCUAAAUUAGAAUUAUAUCAAGAUAUGUAAUAAUAUAGUGAUGAUAACAGGUGUCGUUAA